UCUGGAGAGAGGGAGAUAGAGAGUAUGGUCGGCGGUGCGUAUUGCGUUGCGGGGCCCCACCCCCUGGAAACGUGUGAGGUGCUACUUAACGGAGACGUCACCUCCCGUCACGGUUCUGUAGAUAAUAAGUCACGGGCGGUUCCUACCGUCACGCAUUUAAGCGGCCUCCCGUGGACGAUCCGGCUCCUCCCUACUAACGUCGUCUGCUUCCCGUCCCGUUGCGUCUCCCCUCCGCCUGGUUCGGAUCCGGAAACCCUAACCCUAACCCUAACGCCGCCACCGUCCCCAUGGCAUCUUGCGAUGACGACUUCGCCCUCCUCGGGGACGAAGCGCAGUCCCAGCCGACGCCGCCGCCGCAGCACCAGCAGCAGCAGGCGGGCGCUUUCGUGGCGGCCCACCGCUACGUGACGAAGGGCCCGCUCCACAUCUCGUCCCGCCCCCUUGCCCCCCUCGCCACCAUCGCCAGCCCCAAGAAGGGGGUCGCCGGUGUGGGCGGCGCCGGCCACGAGGACCCCGAGGACUUCGGUGAGGCCUUCGGCCAGACCGACGCCUCCAAUCGCCCCGGGGGCGCCCCCGCCUUUCCGGAGGUCAGCCCCCCCCCGCACCACCACCACCACUGCUUCGCCGACGAUGCCAACCCCUUCGGCUCCCCGCAGCCCGACGACGACAACGAUGACGUCGACAACAACCCCGAGCACAAGUCCCGCGGGGCCGCCACGUCCUCCGUCCACCUCCACCCGCACCAACACCACGGCCCGCCUCCGGCCUCCCGGCUGGACCCCAAGCGCAAGGACCGGGACGAUCUCAGCGACGGCGAGUCGCCCUACUGCUACAACAGCGCGGCCAAGAAGGGCCGACACAUGUCCUCCUCGGGGGACUACCGCAAGGACCGGGAGGAGUGGAGCGACACGGCCAUCGGCAGCCUCCUGGACGCGUACACGGAGAGGUACGUGCAGCUGAACCGGGGGAACCUCCGGGGGAGGGACUGGGAGGACGUGGCCACCCUUGUCAGCGACCGCUGCGACAAGCAGAAGGCCGGCAAGAGCGUGGAGCAGUGCAAGAACAAGAUCGACAACCUAAAGAAGCGCUACAAGGUCGAGUGCCAGCGACUCAGCAGCGGUGGCCUCGCCGUCAGCCACUGGCCCUGGUUCAAGAAGAUGGAGCAGAUUGUCGGCUCCUCAUCCUCCUUGAAGGCUCUUGCCGAUGAAGACACGUCCGGAGCCAUAGGUGGCUCCGCUGUGGUCACGAGGCAGAUGAAAAGAUACUCACUUGUUGCUUCUGGCCACGUAAACUUAACAAAUAACUCAAAAAUGAAAUCAUUAACAAAUCCAAGGUGGAAGAGAGUGGUUUUGAAAAUUAGUGGUGCUGCAUUGGUUGGGGCAGGUCCCCAGAAUGUUGACCCAAAGGUAACCAUGCUGAUUGCAAGGGAAAUUGCAAUGGCUAGCCGUGUUGGCGUAGAGGUGGCAGUUGUUGUUGGAGGUAAAAAUUUCUUUUAUAGCGAUACCUGGGUAGCUGCAACUGGCAUUGAUAGAGCUACAACAUACCAAAUAAGUAUGAUGGCAUCGGUAAUGAAUGCUCUAUUGCUUCAAGCAUCAUUGGAGAAGAUUGGCAUUGAAACACGUGUACAGACUGCAUUAAUGAUGCAAGAGAUUGCAGAACCAUACAUAAGGCGACGCGCUAUCCGUCAUCUUGAAAAAGGAAGAGUCGUUAUAUUUGGUGGAAUUGGGGCUGGGACAGGAAAUCCACUUUUCAGCAAUGACACGGCAGCUGCCCUGAGAGCUUCUGAAAUUAAUGCAGAUGUUGUUCUAAAAGGUACUACCGCAGAUGGUGUUUAUGAUUGUCAUUCCAGAAACAGCAAUAAUGUUGCAUUUGAGCACAUUUCAUUCAGGGAGUUAGUUUCCAGAGGCUUUACUGCCAUGGAUAUGACAGCAAUUACAUUCUGUGAAGAGAAUAACAUUCCAGUUGUUCUCUUUAAUCUUCUAGAACCUGGAAACAUUUCAAGGGCACUAUGUGGAGACCAAGUCGGUACAUUAGUUGACCAGUCCGGGCGAAUAAGCUGAUGAGUUAUAAUGCUUUGCCUACAAAACGGUGCCAAACCUUGGAGAUCUAUGUGACAUCAAACCUCUUUUUAAAACGAGUUCAUUUCAUGCUUCAACUUUAGUCUGCACUUUUGCUUAAGUGGGGCUUCGCCAAUCCGAUGCUUGUGUCAGAGGAGGCCGGCAACUAUUGAGGUGUCUAUCCUUGUAUAAUGUGAUAGCUAGGAUUUAAUUAAAUAACAGAAAAAAUUAAUAGAAAUAUGGUGAACGAAAUGCUAUAGUUAUAUUGGACAUUAAAUGUACAAAAUUGUGAUAUAUUUGUCUAACAUGAUUGUUUCAUAAAAAACUACUAUUUAUUAAGAUUUAUAUAGCGCAAAAA